AUGUCAACACAAGAAUCAUCCGUAACCGCGAACCUGGUUACACCCAAGUCAUCAGCGUUACCCUCACAAAAUGCGUCUUCUAGGUCUACGACCACAUCGAUAGAGUCUCGCCCUAAAAAGGUGAAUGAAUUUAAUGAUGGUCGCGAAAAACCCCAUUACUCUUGGGGCCAAAGUUGGAAAGACUGGUUUAAGCAGAGUUGGAGCUCAAACUAUAAUGACCUGGACAUCGAGAACAAGUUGUUGUCUCUGUUGCCAUUUUACCCAGAAAGCGAUGGCAAGAGACAGGCUAGUGUUGUUAAUACUGACAUAGGCAAUGGCCAGUUUAUUCACGAAUUUUAUAUUGAAAAUACCGAAAAGGAUGAGAGACCGGAAAUAUGUAAAGAAUUUGUUCUUGUACACGGCUAUGCAGCAUCGCUUGGUUUAUUUAUAGACAAUUUUGAUCAGUUGAGCUCCAUUCCAGGCUCAAAAAUUCAUGCUAUUGACAUCCUUGGGUUUGGAUUAAGUUCGAGACCAAAAUUUCCAAACUUUCCCUCGUCUACCAGGCAGGACGUUUAUAAAGUUGAAGAUUGGUUCAUAGACCCUUUGGAGACGUGGAGGAAUAAACGAGGUAUUAAUAAUUUUGUGCUUAUGGGCCAUUCUUUUGGAGGAUACUUGAGUUGCGCUUAUGCCUUGAAGUACAACAAGAAAAUAUCUAACCCAAUUACUGGAUAUCAAUCGAAUUUAAUCGAUAAGCUAGUGCUCAUAAGUCCAGUAGGAGUGGAACGAAACAAGUACUCCUUUUUGAACAAGGAAGAGAAUCCACGAAUAUCUCUUGAACAAGAGGUUUUGGCUGAUCAAGAAGACAUCGUGGAGGGUAAACCAUUGCAAGAGCCUCCAAAAAGCCGUACAAGAAAGCUUUUUGAUUACAUGUGGGAGAAAAACUACUCUCCAUUUUCAAUCAUCAGAAACGCGGGCCCGGUCAAGUCUAAGCUUAUCUCGAGAUGGACAACACAUAGAUUUGCACAUGUAUACUAUCAAGACCAAGAGAGUUUCCAAAACAUGCACGAUUACAUUUAUAGAAUUUUCAAUGGGAAGGGAUCUGGUGAAUACGCAAUAACCAGGGUAUUGGCAGUUGGUGCGUUGCCUAAGCUUCCUUUGAUAGACAGGUGCCCCAAGAAAUUCGUAGAGAUGAAGCUACCUACCCUCUGGAUGUAUGGGGAUAAAGAUUGGAUGAAUGAUGAAGCUGGUUUAGAAAUGACAGAGGAAAUAAACAACUUGUCCACGAAGGAGUAUUCUGAGAAGUUAGCUUCGUUCAAGAUUAUCAAGAAUGCGGGCCAUCAUCUUUACCUCGACAAUCCUUCUGCUUUUGCCAGAGCUAUUUCCAGAUUCCUCAAUUAUAAAUAG